GGGAAGGGACAAGGGAGACGCAAGGGGCGGGGCUUGUGGAGAAAGAUGGCGACCGCCCGAGGGUGGUCCCUGACGGCCGCAGCGCUGAGAGCGGUCACCUCCUGGCCAAGGGGCAGGCUCCUCGCGGCCUCCACGGGCCUUCAGGUGCGUCGGGAAGCGUCGUCCUCGAGUCCGGAGACUGGCGAAGGGCAGAUCCGCCUAACGGACAGCUGCGUGCAGAGGCUUCUGGAAAUCACCGAAGGGUCAGAAUUCCUCAGGCUGCAGGUGGAGGGAGGUGGAUGUUCCGGAUUCCAGUACAAAUUUUCACUGGAUACAGUUAUCAACCCCGACGACAGGCAAGCAGGAAGGGGGUAUUUGAACAGGGUGGGGCACGAGUGGUGGUUGAUUCUGAUAGCUUGGCCUUCGUCAAAGGGGCCCAGGUGGACUUCAGCCAAGAACUGAUCCGAAGCUCGUUUCAAGUGUUGAACAACCCUCAAGCACAGCAAGGCUGCUCCUGUGGCUCAUCCUUCUCUGUCAAACUUUGAGGUGAUGACAGAUGACCCUGAGAUUGCCACCCACUGUACCAGUUUGAGGAACCUGGGGUUGGUAGACUUGAGAUUUCCUUCUAUUCACGUUCCCUCUCUCAGUUUUAUUUCCCUCAAUCCAGGAGUGCUGUGUUUUGCCACUAUUAUUUUCAGAAUGUGAAGUUUUUACUCUUGGAUCCACGCUGACCUGGCCUCCUUCUCCCCUCCCUAUUGUUAAAGCCAGGCCUCCAAAUGCUGUUACCUCAGAUUUAAUGACUGACUAAAACCCAGUAUAAUUUAUAGAGCAUCCAAGGCUCCAAAACUUGGAGUUACUUCUCUGGCCUUCAGAACUGCUUGUACAUAUGUGUAUAGCUGUGUAUAAAAAGCUUCAUUUUAAA